UGGGCAGCUGUAAAAGGGACAGACAUGAAAUUUGAUCCGUAGAACGAGUGCAAGCAUUAUAAUUUACUAAAUAUGAGAUGUUUACGCCCCUGAGUUAUGCAAGUCUAAAACAACAACCGUGCAUUAUUCACGGAAGGAACACCGACCAAGUAACACGUUUGUUAUUUAAAAAGUGUUUUUAAAAAACUGACGUCACACACGAGAGGGUAAAGAAGAAAUGAAAACCUACAUUUUACAACUUCUGGCAUUCUUGCUCAGUUGCCAUGUGCACUUUUCUGAGUCACGCUCAACUUUGGCACAUGUUUCAAAUCCAGUUGAACGCAGCGAUUCCCUUCUGGCCGUAUGUAGAAUGCACCCUAACACUCGACUAGCACCUGGCUUGCCUCGUGUGUAUGGUCACAUUCUUUUCAAACAGUCUGGCCCAAAGGAAAAGCUCAGGGUGACUUUCAAGCUGCAUGGUCUCCCUGUUGACAGUCAGCAGCCCAGAGCAAUGCACAUUCAUGAGUAUGGAGACUUAACUAAGGGCUGCGGAUCUACAGGUGGGCAUUACAAUCCCCUCAGCGUGAACCAUCCACAACAUCCAGGGGACUUUGGGAACUUUGUGCCUGUUAAUGGAAAGAUUCGUAAAUCCCAGGACUCCAGUGCAACACUCUUUGGGAGAGACUCAAUACUUGGCCGGUCUGUUGUCAUUCAUGAGGGAGAGGAUGAUUUGGGCAGAGGUGGAAACGUGGAAAGCUUGCUGAAUGGAAACGCUGGAGGGCGACUGGCAUGCUGUGUUAUUGGACUGGGCAACACCCAAAAUUAAUAUAAAAAUAACAUACAAUUCAUUUUUUGAAGUAUUUAUCAAAAAAACAUAUCAUACACUUUGAAGAUGGAAUUGUAGAAUUGCAUUAAUUGGUCAAAAUGUCUGGUUCCUAUAUAUCUACAACACCAAAUAAACAUUAAACUGUAUGAA